AUGGAAACAAAUGUGUGCAACGUAAAAAUGCCGGACUUCAAGGGACUGGAUCUUUCCGGUAAAACGGCCAUUGUCACCGGCGCGUCUCGUGGCAUUGGAGCCGGCAUCGCCGUGCUGCUCGGGAAGCGUGGUGCAAACGUCGUCAUCAACUACGUUUCCCCGACCAGCCGAGAAAGAGCCGAGAAGGUGGCAGAAGAAGUCAAGGCCAAUGGCACCAUAGCUAUUCUGUGCCAAGCAGACGUCAGCGAUCUAUCCGACAUCCCGAAGCUGGUCAGGAGCGCCCUCGAAAUCAGCCAGACCGGGAAGAUCGAAAUCCUGAUUCACAAUGCGGCCCAGGGAAACGAAGCAAAUCUAGUCGACACUACAGAAGACUUCUACAACAGGCACUUCGACACCAACGUCAAAGGCCCCAUUUUCCUCACCAAGGCCGUCGAGCCGCACUUGCCCAAGGGCGGGCGCAUCGUAUUCAUCUCGUCGGCCGGCGCGCGGCUUGGGGUAGCGGGUCAGACUGUGUACGCGGCAACGAAAGCCGCAAACGAGGCUCUAGUGAGGGUGUGGGCCAAGGAGCUCGGACAGUCGCAUGGCAUCACCGUCAACGCCGUCAACCCGGGCCCUGUGGCAACAGACCAAUGGUUUCAGAGCGAUGAGCAGUUCUUGAAGGACAUGCAGCCUUUGAUAGACUCCACCCCAGCUGCCGCAAGGGUCGGAGAGGUGGAUGACGUCGCGCCUCUGGUGGCAUUCCUGUGUUCCGAUGACGCGCGAUGGACUACUGGUCAAAAGGCCGUCGUCUUCAAUGCAAGUACUACACGAGACAAUGAUGAGGACCAAUACAGAAAACAGUUCGAACUGCUAUGCGCAAUUCCAACGCCAGGUUCUUCUUGUUCCAAUGGAAGCCUGGCUCAGAUGGCCGAAGCAGCGGAGAGCCCUCUAGUUGAUCCGCAGCUAUCCGCAACACAAGAACUGGACGAUUUAGCAUCAUGGCCUACCGAGGCUGAACUAACCGCCUUCGACGAGUCAGCACUCUGCAAUGGAGACAUCCCUAACGACUCAAGUCAUCAAGCGCACGAAGAUCGUCCCGAAGAUAGGGAUUCACCAGGACUUUUGUGGCCAGAGCAGCGUAUCCAGCUGUCAGACCUUGAGCCUGCCGAUCCAGAGCACGGAGAGAGAAGAGGUGAGAAUCAGGCAGAUGGAGACUCCGAGGUCCCAGAUGACAAUACGGAUCGGAACGAAGCAUCGGAUGUUCUCUCCUCGCUACUAGGAGAUCGUGGCAUUCCGGACAGCCUCAUGCUCAUGCUAAAUCAGUAUAACAAUGAAUUCUGCGUCCUCCCGUUGACUUCUGACUUCGAGGCGAACCCUUUCCGCUGCCACGAGAAGCUGUCCAACGGUUCAUCACAAUUACUUAUACACUCCAUCCUCGCUCUAUCGUACCGUCACAUCAAUAGGAUCACAGGAAACUGCUCCAUGGAAGCAAGGCAGCACAAAGAGGAAGCGCUGAAGCUACUGGAACAAGAACUGCACCUAUCAAACACAAAAGGAAGUCUGCUUGACGCAGUCCUCAUCCUCAUCACGCUAGACUGCGCAACAUCCGCCCACGGCCCCUGGGUCUCCCACCUCAGCCGCGCGUACAGCGUUCUCGAAUCCGCCGGCGGGUUGGCCGCCAUGCGCGUACCCCGGGCGCGGGCCCAGAUCGAAAUGCUCGUCUGGUGGGACGUCACGCUUGCGCUGACGAGCCGCAAGGGCUACGUCAUGCCCGAGUCGUAUCUAUGCCGGCUGUUCGGCGACGACAACGCGGACGACGCAACAACCAUCAGCUUCUACAACGUCUCGGGCUGCCCCCGCGAGCUGUUCCAGCACAUGGUAUGCCUGGCCAAGUACGCGCGGGAGCUGGAGCUGGCGUCGACGAUGACGUGCGUGUCGUUCCGGAACGACCCCGUGCUGGAUGUGGAGAAGAGCAUCAGGGAGUGGGCGGCGGAGGAGUACGGGGAUAUUUGCGGCUUGGCCGGGCUGCAUGGGGGUGGAGCGGGCGGUGAUGAUCUCGCUGAGCAGGGCGGUGGCGGCAGAGAGACGGUUGAGGAGAAGGUGAAUGCGAAGCAGGACCUGCAUCACUGUGCUGAGGCGUGGCGGUACGCUUUGCUGCUUUACGUUGAGAGGGUGUUUAAGUGGGAUAGGAAGGGGCCGCCGUCGCCGAGAGGAGCGUUUCUUGCGAGGAAGACUCUCAACCAUGUGUGGUGCUGCCGGCGUUCGACGAUGGUGCAGAAGCAGCUGUUGUUGCCUGUCUUUCUCGCUGGAUGCGAGACGAAGGAUCCGGCUCUCAGGGCAUUGGCGAGUGAAUACUGCGCGUGGUGGAGUGAGAAGACGAGGUAUGACAUGUUCACUACGACGUCUAUCUUACUUGACGAGGUUUGGGCCAGCACGUCCACAACGUCUUGGUGGGGCUCGGUUAUUGAUGAGAAAAGCGGCGGAAAUUCUCUAUCGUAUCAGUACCUGUUUGGAUAG